CCCCCAGGUGCUUCUAUAAAGGGCUGAGCAGCUCAGCUCUUCUCACUGAGGGGUGUGAGGAAUAGGGGGGACCAUGGACUUCCUCAGCAUUCAGCAGUUGGUAAGCGGAGAAAGAGAUGAAGGGAAAGUGUUGGGAUUUGGACAUGGAGUUCCUGACCCUAGAGGCUGGCCUAGUGACUGGAGGAGGGGCCCCCAAGAGGCUGUGGCCCGGGAGAAGCUGAAAUUGGAAGAAGAAAAGAAGCGAAAACUGGAAAGAUUUAGCAGUUCCAGAGUUAAUCUGGAUAAUCUGGCUGACUUGGAAAACUUGGCUCAAAGACGGAGAGAAAAAAGACUGAGACGCAGAGUCCCCCCCAAGAAACCUGAGCCCCUGGUUAAGCCACAGCCCCAGGCCCAUGUAGAGCCUGUGGGCCUGGAGAUGUUCCUGAAGGCAGCUGCUGAGAACCAGGAGUCCCUGAUUGACAAGUACCUGACAGAUGGAGGGGAUCCCAAUGCCCAUGACAAGCUCCACCGCACCGCCUUGCACUGGGCCUGUCUGAAGGGUCACAGCCAACUGGUGAACAAGCUGCUGGCAGCAGGUGCCAUAGUGGACGCUCGGGACUUGCUGGACAGGACACCCGUGUUCUGGGCCUGCCGUGGAGGACAUCUGGAUAUCCUCAAACAGUUGCUUAACCAGGGAGCCCGGGUCAAUGCCCGGGACAAGAUCUGGAGCACCCCCCUGCACGUGGCAGUGCGCACCCGGCACCCCGACUGCCUGGAGCACCUCAUUGAGUGUGGCGCCCACCUAAACGCACAAGAUAAGGAAGGGGACACGGCUCUGCAUGAGGCUGUGCGGCAUGGCAGCUACAAAGCCAUGAAGCUGCUGCUGCUCUACGGGGCCGACCUGGGGGUGCGAAAUGUGGCCUCAGUGACCCCAGCGCAGCUGGCUCGAGACUGGCAGCGCAGCAUCCGGGAGGCCCUGCAGGCCCAUGUGGCGCAUCCCCGCACCAGGUGCUGAGGUGCUGACGGCAGCCCCAUGCCUCACGCACUGCCACCAUUCCAUUCCACGCCCCACCCCCGCAUCUGUGUCUCUGUGGUUCCUGCCCUCAGCUCUAGUUCCUCCUUCUUUCUCAUGGCUGUGCCUCCUCGGGCAUCUGAGGAAGCCCUGGCAGAAGUGAGGUGCAACACCGGGCUCAGCAUUCAGAGAGAGGCCUCCCUGGCUUCGAGUGUCAGGGGAGUCAGCUUCCCUGCCGGGAGCAAGAGGCAGGGGAAAGUGUGGGUCCAGAUGAGAGGAGGAGUGGGGGCCAAGGGCAGAGCCCAAAGGGAGCAGUCCGGAGCUGGGGCCGCCCAGAGCUGGGUCCAGGCGUCCUCAGUGUCCACUCAUCCCAGGUUAGGGGGUUGCCUUGCUCUCCCUGGGGCCAGUCUCUGCUGGUGUGAACUCAGCCUGUGGCCAGCAGAUGCCAUCCAAGAUGUACAAGGGGCAGCGGAGGCAGGCCGUGCAGGGCUAGGCCGGUCUGCGCUGGCAGAUGCCCAUGCGCAGGGCUUUCUCCGGGGACUCCAUUCCUGUCAGCAGCAACCCUGGCAGUGUCUGGACAACUUUAGUCGUAGGGACUCUGGAGGUGGGUUCUGGCCGUCUGGCGCAGGCUGCUCAACAGGUGUGAGGUCUCACAGCAACAGAAGUCGAGGACCCACCAGGUUGCCUCAGAAGCCCUAAGACUGAUCGGCUGGAGUGCGUGUUUGAGAGAAGCCUUGCACCCACUGCACUGGCCCCGCUCAGGCUGGCCUGGCACACUGUCGCCUGCUGGUAGCUCUCAUGGGGGAAGUGCCUGGGCACUGGGGAUUGCUUGUGGCCCACUCAACUCGGGGCAGUGGCCCGUAACCCUAGUUUGCCUGAGGCUCUUAUGCGCCCUUAUGUCCCUGGUACUGGAGUUUGAGGUCUUGCGUGGAACUCUGCAGCUGUACCCACCCUGCUUGAUCCCACCUCAGAGGCCAGGACACUGAGGGGCUCUGAACCCAGCCCACAGGGAAGCAGAGGAAGGCGAGGGCCCCCCUCCCUGUCCCUUGCUCCCUGGUGGUCUAAGGACGCAAGCUCCCUAGACUUCUUCCUCUGCCACUGGCUGUAUGUUUCAAGUUUCACUGGUGCAGACCUGUACUGCUGGCGGGGCUGGGUCCCUAAAUGCCAGAAAGUGAAUCAAGCUCUGCCCUCAUCUGAGAACCACAGGCUGAGAGAAGGGCUGAAAGCUGCAAGCUCAGCCUCCCUCACAUGGGUCCUGGGUUACAUUAGGUACAACUGGGUUGAUAGGCAUUUGGCCGUGGUUUUUAGUCUACCUUUGGUGGCCUUCUCAGGCCCAGAACAAGGCUGUUGUUACUAUGCGGAAAAGCUGACCAGUGCUCCACACUAGGGGCACACACCUUUCCAUGCGCAGCUCCUUCCCUGUGACGACAAAGCCAGCGUGCACCCAGAUGCUGGUGCCGUGGCAAAGCAGGCAUUCAAGAUCAAGAAGACAACUCCUCAUCUAGAAAAUGAGGACACCUCAGUGACAAACACACCUUUUUAUACUGAUCAGUAUCUUCUGUUCAUUAAAACUGGAUAUCCAUUACAGCCUAACUGUCUUUCCUGGACUGGGGGAAGCCCAUACUUUGGUUGGGCCUAGGCCUGCUAGCCAUGCCGGGCGACAGCAAGAUAGGCUGAGCACACAGUAGGCAGGAUGAAGGGUCCCAGCACUAGGCUCUUGAGCUUAAGGCAGCUCAGCUCACUGACGACAAGGUCAAAGCAGCAGGAAGGUUUAAAAAGUCCUGCUGUCCAGACCCUAAGUCAGAAGCCAUGAGGGGAGGGCCCAGGUAUUCUCAUGCAGAGGCCACACUUGUCUAUGUGGGGAACCCUAGGAUUCUAUGGAAAGCAGACACCUAGGAGUGCGGCAAAAUCUCAGGUACAAGAUAAACACACAAAACCUGUUUCUACCUCCUGGAAAUGAACAUGUAGACACAAAAGUUAAAAACAUGUACUGUUUACAACUGCUUAAAAAAUGAAAUACUUAGGUUUAAAUCUAACAAAACAUGCAAGGACUCUGUAUGGUGAAAAUUACAAAACCUGAUGAAAUCUGAUUUAAAUAAACAUGCCAUGUUCCUGGAUUGUUAGACACAAUAAAGAUAUCAAUUCUCCUCAAAUUAA